UGUAACUGUUGGGUUGUGUCAUGUAGCAAUGGAAAACUAUAUUAUUUAUUUAGUUUUGUUCAUUUUCAUUCAAAAAACUACAGCAGAGUUUUAUAAUGAGUAUGAAUGCAAUCAACCUUUAUUGGAACGAGCUGUGCUUAAAGCUACCUCCUCUAUGGCUGAAAGGGGUCCACAAAAUGCAGUGUUGUAUGGUGGAUCAGCUUGGACUCCGGAAGAAAGUACAUAUUUUCAUUUUUUAACAAUCAGUCUUGGUGGAAGGUUUGAAAUUCGUUCGAUCGCAACGCAAGGUCGAAGUGGUACCAGAGAAUUUGUCACGGAAUAUGUGGUUCAAUUCUCUGACGACGGUGAAGGAUGGAGGAGCUUCACGGACUCUCAGGGAGAGACAGAGAUGUUCAGAGGUAAUUCAGACGGUGACUCCGUGUACAAAAAUGAAUUCGAAGUGCCGAUAAUUGCUCAAUGGAUUCGAAUUAAUCCAACCAGAUGGAGAGACCGCAUAUCUAUGAGAGUAGAGUUGUUCGGCUGUGAGUACGAGGCUGACGACAUGUACUUCAAUGGUACAAGUUUACUUAGGUUAGAUUUAUUGAGAGAUCCGGUGUCAGCAUCUAGAGAGAGUAUAAGGUUUAGAUUCAAGACUACGGCUCCCAAUGGAGUUAUGUUGUACAGUAGGGGAACACAAGGCGAUUACAUAGCGCUCCAGCUGAGAGAAAAUCGCAUGCUUUUAAACAUUGACUUGGGUUCUGGAAUUGUUACCAGCUUGAGUGUUGGUAGCUUGUUGGACGACAAUAUUUGGCACGACGUUGUGAUCUCUCGCAACAGAAGAGACAUUCUGUUUUCUGUGGAUAGGGUGGUUGUACAGGAUAAAAUUAAAGGAGAAUUCAAUAGGCUCAAUUUGAACAGAGAUUUUUACGUUGGUGGUGUUCCUAACAUGCAAGAAGGUCUCGUUGUGGUGCAAAAUUACACGGGAUGUAUCGAAAAUUUGUACCUUAACUCAACCAAUUUAAUAAAAGACGUGAAACAAGCCUUCGAGUACGGCGAAUCUUACAAGUACGAGAAAAUAAACACAAUGUGGACUUGCCCUGAACCUCCAAUUAUUCCAGUCACCUUUUUGACCAGAAGAUCACAUGCCAGAUUAAAUGGAUAUGAAGGCAUGAGCUCAAUGAACGCUUCAUUCGCAUUCAGAACUUACGAAGACAACGGUUUAUUGAUGUACCACGCCUUUGCAUCAUCAGGUUAUGUUGCUAUUUACUUGGAAGAAGGCAAAAUCAAAGUGGAAUUGAUAACCGGUAACAAUCCGAAAGUAGUAUUCGACAAUUACGACGAGGCCUUCAAUGACGGCAGAUGGCAUUCUGUAGUGUUAACGAUCCAGAAGAACAGUCUUGUCUUAUCAGUGGAUUACCGUCCAAUGAAAACCGUCAGGCUGCUCAAAAUACAAACAGGCGCCAAAUAUUUCAUCGGUGGUGGCGUGACGGUUGCCCUAGGGUAUUCGGGCACCUUUAUCCCCGGAUUUAUCGGUUGCAUGAGGACCAUCGGCAUCGACGGCAACUUCAAGUUGCCCACUGAUUGGACGCGCGAUGAAUACUGUUGCCCGGACGAGGUCGUCUUCGACUCCUGUCGCAUGUCCGACCGCUGCAACCCCAAUCCUUGUCAGCACGGCGGAGCCUGCAAACAAAAUUCCGUCGAGUUCAUGUGCGAUUGUAAAGGCACCGGUUACGGCGGUGCCGUAUGUCACACCUCCAUCAACUCGUUGUCGUGCGAGGCGUACAAGAACGUUCAGUCGACCGGACAGCGUGCCGACAUCAAAAUCGACGUGGACGGCAGUGGACCGCUGGCACCGUUCCCGGUGACCUGCGAGUUUUACGCCGACGGACGUGUGGCCACGGUCCUGCAUCACAGUAACCAAGAGACCACUUCCGUCGAUGGUUUCCAGGAGCCCGGCAGCUUCCAACAGGACAUCCACUACGAAGCGGACGACGAUCAGAUAGCUGCACUCAUCAAUCGGUCCACCACUUGCAAACAACACAUUCAGUACGCCUGCAAGAACGCCCGACUCUUGAACUCGCCAUCUGAGGAGGGCAACUUCCAUCCGUUCUCCUGGUGGGUGUCCAGGCACAACCAGAAAAUGGAUUAUUGGGGUGGAGCUUUGCCGGGAUCCAGGAAAUGCGAGUGUGGUAUAUCGGGCACCUGUAUCGAUCCCACCAAGUGGUGUAACUGCGAUGCUGCCUCUGACAUUUGGCAAGUCGAUUCUGGUGACAUUUUAGAGAAGGAGAAUUUGCCUGUUAAACAACUGAGAUUCGGCGACACUGGCAGCGCCUUGGAUGAACGAGAAGGCAGAUACACCUUAGGUCCCCUGUUGUGUGAGGGUGAUGACCUGUUUAACAACGUCGUGACUUUCCGUAUCUCAGACGCAACUAUCAACUUGCCAACAUUCGACAUGGGUCACAGUGGUGACAUUUACUUUGAAUUCAGAACGGCUGUGGAGAACGCCGUACUAUUCCACUCCAAAGGUCCUGAGGAUUACAUCAAAUUGAGCAUCGUGAGCGGCAACCAACUACAGUUCCAAUAUCAGGCAGGAUCUGGCCCCAUGGCCGUCAUCAGAGAAACAUCAUACAAACUAGCCGACGACCAGUGGCAUUCCGUAUUGGUGGAAAGGAACCGCAAAGAAGCAAUGAUUGUGGUCGAUGGAGCCUUAAAAGCUGAAGUACGGGAACCCCCAGGCCCAGUACGUGCACUGCAUCUGACCUCCGAAUUAGUAAUUGGAGCCUCAAUCGACUACAGGGACGGUUUCACCGGUUGCAUCCGUGCCCUGUUGAUCAACGGUCAGCACGUCGACCUAAGACGUUACUCCCGAAUGGGUCUCUAUGGAAUAACCGAAGGUUGCGUCGGUAAGUGCGGCAGCAACCCGUGCUUGAACAACGGCACCUGUCAUGAAAGGUACGACGGCUACUGGUGCGACUGCAGGUGGACCGCUUUCAAGGGUCCCAUCUGUGCCGACGAAAUUGGCGUCAACCUCCGACAGAGUUCUUUGGUUAAAUACGAGUUCGACGGUUCCUGGAGGUCGACCAUCUCCGAACACAUUCGUGUCGGCUUCACCACCACCAAUCCCAAAGGAUUUUUGUUGGGAUUCUCGUCGAACAUCUCCGGCGAGUUCCUCACAAUUAUGGUCUCGAACUCUGGACAUUUAAGGGUGGUAUUCGAUUUCGGUUUUGAAAGACAGGAAGUUAUUUAUCCGGAGAAGCAUUUUGGUUUGGGACAGUUCCAUGACUUAAGGCUGUCAAGGAAGAAUGCGGGUGCGACUUUGGUGAUGCAAGUCGACAAUUAUGAACCGAAGGAAUUUAAUUUCAACAUUAAGGCGUCCGCAGAUGCGCAAUUUAAUAACAUUCAAUAUAUGUACAUCGGCAAAAACGAGUCUAUGACGGAAGGAUUUAUAGGGUGUAUUUCGAGGGUGGAAUUCGAUGAUAUUUAUCCGCUUAAACUGCUGUUCCAACAGGAAGGGCCCGGAAAUGUUAAAUCUCUUGGAACACCAUUGACUGAGGAUUACUGUGGCGUUGAACCUAUUACUCAUCCACCCAACAUUGUGGAAACAAGACCACCUCCCAUUGUUGACGAAGAUAAAUUAAGAAAAGCUUACAACCAAACUGAUUCAGCUAUUUUAGGAAGUAUUCUUGCAAUAAUUUUCUUGGCGCUGGUCAUAUUAGCGGUAGUUAUCGGUAGAUAUUUACACAGACACAAAGGAGAAUACUUGACACAAGAAGACGCUGGUGCCGAUUCAGCAAUAGACCCAGACGAAGCCGUUGUUCACGGGACAACGGGUCAUCACGUCCAGAAGAAGAAGGAAUGGUUCAUUUAGUGAACUGAUGACUGCAAUGCUACACGUUGUGUGACUCCAAGAUAUGACAAACAAUUGAAGACUUUAGAGCAGAAGAAUAAACUUCUGUUUUAAACUCCUCAAAUAUCCAUAGUAAUGUAAGCUAAAUUGAAGCAAUUAUAAAUGCGCAUUAAUCUCAGGGAAUGUAUAAAUUCUCUAUAGCAUAACGAUUUAAAAUUUCUCUUGCCAAAGGCUUUCGUCAUAUUUUGGAUAAUCACUACGUUUAUUAGAUAAACUGGGCCUAAGAGUACAAUUAAUGUUAUUCUGUUUUGAAUAUUUAAAGCAGACGUUUAUUAUAUUCUAACACAUUUGAUUAGUGCUCGGAAUUUGGAGUAUUAAAAUAUCAUUCUCUUUAAUAUUGACAGUAUUAUAAGUCGACAAUUAAAUUAUGCAAAUAUUGAAAUAUUCAGAUUAUGUUUUUUAAAUUUUUAAUUACAUAUUGGAAUUAAAUUCCGAGCCCUACUUCUGAUAUUACAUAUUUAAACUAGUGUUUCAUUCACGUUUUAUCACAACUAGAUACUGCUGGACAAAAAUUGGUGGUAUCUAUGAUUACUUACAAUGUUGAAUAGAUUUUUUAUCAAUUCCAUAUUUAUAACUAUAGCAUUUUGAUAUUUUGCAUAUUUAGAAAUACACUCUAGAUGUUAUUUUAUCAUAUACAUAAUUAUGAAAUUAUAGACUUAUAUUUUAGAUCUUGUGUUCAGUGUAUAUUUUGUGGUACAUUCUUAUUUUUAUAUUAAUAUUAUUAGUAUUAUUUUUUCCGUCCAUUUUGAGUUUUUUUAUUUAUAUUUUAUUGUUGUUUGGUUGUACAUAUAUAGUUUUAAUGCAACGAUCUUCCAAAUUACGAGAUUUAUUUAGAUAAGUGCCUUCACGUGGCUCUUAAUUUUUUUUAUUCUUUAAUGAUUACUGACACCAGUAGCCUGUAGAAAAUGUAUUUUUUACAAAAUAAACGUUAAGGUUCUUUUA